CACUUGUCAGUUUAGUCCAGCAAAUGGCGUUAUGACAUAUGAGCUGAGUUCAAGUUUAUUAGAAUAAUUUUGAUUUCAAACAUUAACAUACAAUUGUAGUUUUCGUUCUGAUAAAUAUGGACUCCAAAACUGGGCAUAGUGAAGAUGAAAGUACCCAUACAAAAACAUCCAAACAAAGUAACAUCUUGCCACUUUGGGGCAAUGAAAGAACCAUGAAUUUGAAUCCUUUGAUAUUGACAAAUAUCCAGAGUUCUCAUUAUUUUAAGGUGAACCUUUAUGAAUUGAAAACUUACCAUGAAGUAAUAGAUGAAAUUUAUUACAAAGUCAGUCACUUGGAACCUUGGGAAAAAGGUUCGAGACGAACAUCCGGACAGACAGGAAUGUGUGGUGGUGUUAGAGGAGUAGGGGCUGGUGGAAUUGUCUCGACUGCUUAUUGCCUUUUGUAUAAACUUUUCACGUUGAAGCUCACCAGGAAACAGCUGAAUGGUCUCAUCAGUCAUUGCGACUCUCCAUUUAUCCGUGCCCUAGGUUUCAUGUACAUACGGUACACUUUUCCUCCCGCCAAUUUACUAGAAUGGUAUGAAGACUAUUUGGAGGACGAAGAGGAAUUAGACGUCAAAGCUGGCGGAGGCCAGACGAUGACAAUAGGAUUGAUGUUGAGACAGUGGUUGGUUAAGCUCGAGUGGUUUUCUACACUUUUCCCCAGGAUACCUGUUCCAAUUCAACAGAAAAUUCAAAAACAUUUAGAGAGUCGCUUUCCCCCUCAUGCAGUUCAGGCUGCAUCAGAACGGGCAAGACAAGACAGAAGCAACUACGAUCGAGACAACAGAGGGACCUCAAACAACAGAGACAGAGACCAAAGACCGCCUCGAGACGACCUAAGACGAGAUUUUCUCAGAGACGAUAACAGACGACUAGACAGAGAUCCUAGAUUCGAUAGGAGGGAUAGAGGUGGAGAUUUCGAAAGGCGAGACAGAGACAGGAAGCUGAAGGACCGCAGCCCUGUCAGACAGAGAAGUCCACCAAGACACAAGAGCUACAGUAGGGAUAGAAGCCCCCACAGGUCACACAGACACAGGGAUGAUGAGGGAAGGGGCAGGAGACAUUAUUGAGACCUGGAAGGUUUUGCAUGUUGGUCAAAUCCUCGAUAUUGUUAUGUUGUGAAGUGUCUUUUCACUUCAUUUAGAAAGAACUUGAGAAUAUUUAGAGAAUUGUAAAGCAAUUCUUUUUUGUAAUACUUGAUAAAGGGUUUUGACAAGGUUUUGUCAAUAGAAUAAGGUUUUUUUUUUAUUUCAAGACAGAGGAGCCCUCCGAAUAAUCAUAUUAUUGUACAGCUGUAAUUUCAAUACAAUUUUCAGAGAUAAUUCAAUCAAAUUUUGUGUUUAUAAGUAAUAUUACCUCAUAGCUUAAGAGCUUGUAAAUAAUAUUUAAACCAAAAGUUGGAGAUAGGAUAAUUUAGUUUAUUAAAUUGAUUUUUUUGUAUCUCGGUAAAAUUAAAGUUUGAGAAAAUAU